UUGCAAAAUAGGUUCAUGAAACUAGAAAUACAAAAUACCUGGGAUGAAAAAACGCCGCACUCUGAACUUUCGGAUUUGGCUCGAAUUGAUCUGACCUCAGAGAGUCCUUACGACCUUUUCAGAGAAUGGCACGAAGAAGCACGAAAAUUUUCCACCGGUUUACCAAAUGCACUUUGUCUUGCAACGGUCUCAAAAGACUUGAAAGUAAGUGCAAGACACGUAAUAAUUCGACGAAUAGAUGAAGAUGGAUUUGUAAUAGUGACAGAUAAUCGUAGCCAAAAAGCAAAUAAUUUGUUAGAAGUGCCUUCAGCUGCAAUGUGCUUUCUCUGGUCGUAUUUCAAUGAAAAUAACAAUCACGUGAGCAGACAAGUCAGAGUAGAAGGGACCGUGGCUCCACUUCCCCGAGAUGAUUAUCAAAGCUUGUACGAUAGAGAGCCUACUUUUUGCAAAAUUAGGUCUCUCAUCUGCAACCAGGGUCAAGAAGUAAAUUGGGAGGCUCAAAAACAAAUACACGACAAAGUUUUGAAAGAAGUUCAUAACGGCGAAAGAGCUUUGCCCAUGCCGCAACACUUUAUUGGAUACAAACUCUUCCCAGAAACAAUAGAGUUCUAUUCUGCAUGGGACCAUUUUAUAGGAGACCGAAUAAAAUUUCAAAAAAAUUCACCGACAAACACGUGGAAACACUGUAGGCUCUCUGCCUAAAAGUGUAAUAUUAUUAUUAUUAUUAUUAUUAUCAUUAUUCCAAGGAGAAACAAUUCGAAAAUAAAUCUCGUGAAAAAAGAAGAUACAAGAAAUUGCAAACAAAUACUAUUAUAAAAGCAUUUAAUUAUUUAUAAAUU